AUGGCGCGCGUAAAGAUAUCGCAAAGUGGUGAAGGAGUACAGAGGGUGGUGGACGAGAGUUCGCCGUUGUUGUCGAAUACUCGACGGGGGUCGAGUUCAUCAGAAGUGGUCGAUUCGAGCGUCGAUGUCGAACAAGUAACUCCCGUUGCAACCGCCAGUGAUGAUCCCAAGCUACAAGCUCAAAAGACGUCGACUUGGGCAGUCGUCAAGAUAGUAUCUAUCCUGCUGGUUGGAACUUUCACUGCGAACGCCGAUGGCUCUUUGGUGAUGGCAACGCACCCAACGAUUGCCUCUGAAUUCGAUGAUCUCGAAAACUCUAGUUGGCUCUUUGUAUCGUUCGCGUUGGCAGGAGCGGCGACCCAGACUCUGUAUGGCAAGCUCAGUGACAUUUACGGGCGCCGUGCCCUGCUCAUGGUGGCUUAUACCUUGUUUUCCAUUGGAUGCGCAAUGGUCGGUGUCGGUCGCACAAUGUGGCAAGUCGUGCUCGGACGGGUCAUUUCAGGAUCUGGUGGCUCAGCACUGAACGUCCUUGGGCUGCUCUUGGUGACAGAUCUCGUCCCACUCCGUGACGUGGCUGCAUGGCAAGCAGGUAUUAAUCUGGCCGCAACAGUAGGACGAAGUCUUGGUGGACCUGUGGGAGGUUGGCUAGCCGACACCAUUGGGUGGCGAUGGUCGUUCCUCGGCCAGGCCCCCAUCUUCCUGCUUGCUGUCUUGUUGUGCUGGUUUUUCCUGCCAAAAGGCAAGCAAGUGGGGAAGGGAGAGGAAGGUGCUGAAGCAAGAGGCAAGCCCAUCGACAUCGAAAAGAGUUCUCUGGCGAGGAUCGACUUCCUCGGCGCUGCAUUGUUGGCACUCUUCAUCUUGACCUUUCUCCUCCCAAUUGAGAUUGGAGGUACCAAGAUACCGUGGAGCCACCCACUCAUCUUCAUUCUGUUUGGUGUAGCAGCCGUAUUUGGUGGCCUCUUUGCCGCCGUCGAGGAGUGGUGGGCCAAGGAGCCAAUCUUUCCCCUGGAACUGUUGAAGCAUCGCGACAUCAUCCUCACAUACGUCAUUAGCGGUGGGCAAGUCGCAGCUCAACUCGGCCUCAUGUUCUCCGUCCCGCUCUAUUUCCAGGUGACCCAGCGUGUGUCCAACACUGUUGCUGGAAUACAUCUCUUCCCUGCUGUCUUUGGGAAUGCCGUUGGUGGCGUCCUUGCUGGAUAUUUGAUCAGAAAAACUGGUCGUUACAAAUCUCUGUUGAUUAUUGCAACAGUCGCGUCGAUGUUCUCCUACUCGCUUUUGCUACUCCGGUGGCAUGGAGAUACCAAUGCUUGGGAGUCGCUUUACAUCGUGCCUGGUGGGUUUGGGGCUGGCCUGGUACAGUCGGCGGGAUUCAUCAGCAUUCAAGCCGCAGCCAACCCGAAGCACAAGGCAGCAGUGACGUCGGGAAUGUUUUUGACGUUCCAAAUCGGCAUGAUCCUCGGCCUGUCAUGUGUUAGUGCCGUCAUGAUGGAAACGAUGAGAUGGCGGCUAGAUGCAUUGCUGGAAGGCAUGGACCUCAGCGCAGUGGUGCGAAAGCAGAUUAUCGCAAAAGCCACGUCGAGCGUUGAUUACAUCGAUCAUGCGGAUAAAAAGGUUUCAGCAGCCGUCGUGCAGGCGUACGUCGAGGGUUUGGGCUUUAGCCACGGUUUCUCACUCAUCUCGUCAGCGCUGGCAUUAAUCGCGGCUGUUUUCGUAAGGGAGCAUAAGCUGUGA